AUGCAAUAGAUUUGUGAUUUCCAUUUGAGAUAUAUCAAAUUCAUUUGUGUUGAUAACACAUGCAACAACAAAUUGCUUUGUGAUGAUUGCUCCAGAACCUCGAAUGAACACAGCAAUCAUAAAAUAGUGGAUGCUGCUGCAUUUUUAUAAUAAGCGGAGACCUUCCUAAAAGGUGGAAAGUAAUUGUUUAAUCGAUUAUCAGUCCUGACUUUGCUCUCUAUGGAAGUGAUCUUGGCAAUAAAACCAAGAUCUUUCUCUCCAAUAAUGGAAACAUCAGACAUGAAAUCAGAAUGAAUUAUUUAAGAAAAUUAGAGGACUCCAUUGAAAAAUACUUACACCAAAUGAUCGACAGUCUCCAAUCCUCAAAAAAGAUGGUAGUUGAUUUUAUUAAUCAAUCAAUUGAGGAUUGUUUCUCAGCAUAAGUUUUAAAGUAAGUUUCACAAAUUACAAAUAGUAAUCGAGAAACUGGCCACAUGAUAGUUUAAACAGUCAUGAGUGCUUUGAAUGCUAAAAUAUCCACCAAGGAAGCCAACAUCCUCCUAUACCGCUUGCAUACAGGAGACUUAGAAAGAGAAUACUACGAGAAGAAAGUAUAGAAUAUUCAUAUCAAUAGAUACAAGCCUUGGUUGAAUUGUUUCAUUAAAAUGUGAAGUUAUUAUUGGAACCCAUGGCCAAUUAAGUCCAUAAAUAUCUGAAGUAAUUUCAUCAAGAGAUGGAAAGAAUUCGAAAUCAAAUCAAGGAAGAGCAUUUCCAAAUCAAUAAGAUCAACAUGUUGCCCAAGACUUUCAAAAUCAAAGACGUCACAAGCAAUCCCAAUUUAUAAUUAAAAGUGCCCCCAACAUCAUUUACUAAAUAUCAAGCCACUCAAAAUACUCAAUAAUAAGUCUACACAUUAGCCACUGAUUACGACUAAGACGAUUUGGAUUAACUAUCAAGAUGGAAAAUGAACAAACUAACCAAGUCGAGAAAACUUGAAUUGCUCAAGAGUUUGGAUUACACACACCAUACAAUGAAGACAGAACAGUCUUAAUCUAUUGUGAAAUAGCAGGUCCCCAUCACGGCUCCAUAUGAUUCUACUGGAACUGAAUUUAAGAGAAUCAUCCAAGUCAACACAUAACAUACUUACCUAUUGAAAAUUAUCAAUAUCUAAAAAAAUGUCUGUUUGACAGCAGGCAAGGAAGGCACUCUGAACAUCAUAACGAUAGAGAUCGAGCAGAGUGAUCUAUCUAUUGUCAAUUAACACCAACUGAAACCUCAUCAAGAAUUGAAGGAUGUGGAAUUGUGUCAGACUCCAGGGAUGUUUCUGACCACAGGCAGGAAUAUCAAGAUCUUGAAUGACAAAUACAUUGAUCUAGGGUUUACAGUCAAAUUAUUUUUGUAUUAGGAUAUGAAAUAAAUUGAACAACUCACAGAAUUCAGAGAUUUGCAUUAACAACCCAUUGAACAAUUAAAGUUUAUUAAUGAAAAGUAUUUGAGAUAAACUGUUGAGUAUUCUAAAUACAGCAACGAGUUGGAUUUUGCAACCAUUUGUGCGGAUUUCAUUAAGGUGUGGAAGUUCUGCUUUGAUAGUUCAAAAAUAUAUGAAGGAGAAAUGCUGGAGCAAUAUAAAGUAGAGUUGAAACCCUCUAUAAUUAAGAGUGUGGACUUCUCAGAUACUUUAACAAUUGCUUCAGAGAAAUCUACAACCUAUCUAUUCCACGAUUCUUAAUUGUUUAAGCAAAUAAAGAAUGUGACUGGAAAAGAUCAAGUUCUCAGAUCAAAGUUAAUUUCGAAUCACAGACUCUUGAUUAUGACUCAGCAGGGUGUGCUUACAAUUAUAGAUUUAAAAAAAAUACAAUUGCCACCUCACUUAACUAACUCGAAGGACAACAAACCAUAUGAGCCAUAGAAAAUUGUAAUAAAAUAUAUAAAUGAUUUCUUUAGAAUGUCAAAAAGUAUUUACGUUAGAUAUUGUUCGAAAAGGAAGACAAGGAGUUGGAAUUGAUUGAUGUAAUUCAAGUGAGGAAGAAAUUUCUUUGUCUUCUUCACAGUUCUUAGUUUGAUCACUAUUUGAUUCUGAACGAAUAAUUUGAAGUAAAACAAUGUAAUUAUCCUUAAAGCUUGAAAAUAAAUAUAGAAUAGCGCCUUCUGAAACCAGAUACCUCAAAUUUUUAGAGAUUUAGACACACGAUUUAAUGAUAGCUAUAGAAGGCAAAAGCGAUUACAGCAUUUGGGAUGUCAGCAAAUGA